AUGACACAAUCGAAAUAUUUGGAUUCACUCAAUGAUUGGCGUUUCAUUUUCUGGUUUCUAUUUCCGUUUUUAUAUGGCUUAUUCUAUGGUUUGAUGAUAUAUUUAUUUCUUUCCCAAACUGAAGAAGCUAAUGAAAUGAUUCGAGAUGUUAUAUUAUAUGAUUUUGAUCUGAAUAUAGAUGACAUUGUUUUUCUUGGUGCGACAAUUUAUCAGAAAAAUGGCUCGAAUUCCAAGUUGAACUGGCGACCAAUUUGUGGGAUUGCAAUAAUUUGGGUAAUGAUUGCAAUUUCAUCAUUUCUUAUGAUUUAUUUCGGAUGGUCUUGCUAUAAUACACUCCAAAAACCUACUCUAAAAUCUUCAAACUUUCAUAAUUUACAAAAACAAGUAUACUAUGCGUUGUUAACUGAAACCUUGAUUCCAGUUGUUCUUUUACAUUUUCCGGUCUCAGUUUUGUUUUUGUUCACGUUUUAUGAGCUCGAUAUUCAAUCAAUAUCUCGAAUAUUUUCUGCAACAAUCGCUAUAUUUCCUGCUGUUGAUCCAUUACCGACAAUGUUCAUUAUUCAAAACUAUCGUGAUGCUAUUAUUCGAAAAUUGAAACUUCAAAAAUGUUUAAAAGGAGAUCAAACAGCUACUGCGAUUGCCCGACAUCACCCACGAAGCUUCCAAUUAAAACGAAUCCAAACUGGAACAAUUCAAAUGGUUGAAAUAAAAUAUUAG